AUGAAGGCGCUUAUUCUAAUAGGGGGGUAUGGGACGCGUUUGCGUCCCUUAACGUUAAGUAUCCUAAAGCCGCUUGUUGAGUUCUGUAAUCGGCCUAUGCUCGUUCAUCAAAUCGAGGCUUUGGUUGCGUUUUUACGCGCAUGUUUACAGGCAGGGAUUAACGAAAUUAUUCUUGCUAUUCACCGUGAGGCUGAGUGUAUAGAGGACAGCAUUCGUUCUUUGUGCGAAUCAUCCUUUCAAGGUCAUAAGGUUGACUUACACUUUUCUUAUGAGGAUGAGCAUUUAGGGACGGGUAAGUUCUUCGUUUUCAUACUAAUUGCCUUAGGUGGACCUCUUGCUCAGGCCGCAUAUUGGCUUAAGGAUCUAAAGGAGCCUUUUUUCGUCCUCAACAGCGACAUAAUAUGCAACUACCCGUUUCAGCGCAUGCUGGAUUUCCAUAAAUCCCACGGAAAAGAGGGGACAAUGGCUGUAACCAAAGUUGAGGAACCUAGCAGAUUCGGCGCCGUCGUUUACAAUGACCACUCAGGAGGCGUGCUUCGCUUCGUUGAAAAGCCUUAUGACUUCAUCGCCAAUAAAGUCAAUGCUGGCCUUUACGUUUUCAACUCCUCCUUGCGUCCUACUUCCAUAGAAGUGGAAAUCUUUCCUCGGAUGGUCGAAGAUGGUCAGCUCUACUGCAUCGAAUUCAGUGGAUUCUGGAUGGACAUCGGGCGGCCGGAAGAUUUUAUUCAGGGCAUGCGCCUUUACCUCAGUCACUUGUACGAAUCGAAGCUCUUGACCUCUUCGUGUCCCCCUCGUACCAAGCUUUUGGGCAACGUUCUUAUU